AUGGAUCAUGCACAGAAAGAAGAAACCACAUCAUUCAUUAAUGAGAUCUCUCGUGAGUACGUUAAACCUACACCAGAAGAAGAGAACGACUCGAAACCCGACCGAGGCCAAUGGGACCGGAAGUUGGACUUCAUCUUGUCCCUCAUUGGAUAUUCAGUGGGAGUGUCUAAUCUAUGGCGGUUUCCCUAUCUUUGCAUGCGCAAUGGAGGAGGGGCUUUCCUCGUUCCAUUUUUCUUCUUCCUGCUUGUAAUUGGAAUCCCGAUGUUUUACUUGGAGGUUUGUUUGGGUCAGUUCUCGGGAACAAGUUCGCUGUCAGCCUGGAAACUCUGCCCUCUCUUCAAAGGGAUAGGAUGGGGAUGUUGUAUUGUCUCUGGGAUCACAAGUAUCUACUACGUGGCCGUACUAGCCUGGGUCAUGUUCUACUUCAUCAACUCCUUCUAUCCAACACUACCCUGGUUCACGUGCGACAACUGGUGGAACACGGACACAUGUAUCGGCCCUGUGCAUGAUAAUGGCACUGGGGUGAACUUGACUAUUCAAGUCGCUGCCUCGAGCUCCGACGCUGGCUAUAUCUCUGAUAAUGUUACUGUACUUCUAAGGUCUUCCAUAGGCAACAUGUCUUUCAGAAAUGUAUCCAGGACUGGAUGUGGUGACAAAACAGCAGCCGAGGAAUUUUGGCAGUACUACGUGUUACGGAAGUCCGAUGGUUUGGAAGACAUGGGGACCUUCCAGCCUCAUCUCGUAGGAUGUCUCUUUGUGUCCUGGCUGUUGAUAUUCCUGUGUCUCAUCAAGGGCAUCAAAUCUCUCGGCAAGGUGGUGUAUGUCACAGCACUACUUCCAUACAUCCUGCUGACGAUUCUGCUAAUUCGAGGCCUGCUUCUACCAGGUGCUGUGGAUGGUAUCAAGUUUUACAUAAACCCAGACUUUUCAAAGCUAGCCAAUUAUUCGGAGUGGAUUGAGGCAGCCCUGCAGGUAUUCUUCUCCCUUGGGGCAACCUGGGGGUCAGUCAUCACCAUGGCCAGCUACAACAAAUUCCACAACAACUGCUUCAGGGAUGCCAUCAUAGUAACUCUUGCUGACGGUCUGACCAGCUUCUACAGUGGCUUCGUUAUCUUCUCCGUGGUUGGAUUCCUGGCGAAAGAGGCCAACGUUAGCGUCACUGAUGUGGCUACAGAAGGCCCGGGUCUAGCAUUAGUUGCCUACCCAGAAGCCAUCACAAAAAUGCCUCUACCCCAGCUGUGGGCCGUGCUCUUUUUCCUCAUGCUCUUCACGCUUGGCCUGGACAGUCAGUUUGGGAUGUUUGAAAACCUUGUGGCGGGGAUAGUCGACGCCUUCCCAGACAAGCUGCAGCGUUACAGGACGUUUGUAACUGGAGGAGUGACCAUUCUCUACUUCCUCCUAGGGUUGCCAUUGACGCUAAAUGGCGGUAUCUACAUCUUCCAGUUAAUGGAUUGGUUCACUACCGCCUUUUGUUUGGUCAUUACUGGUCUUCUCGAAUCUGUCAUCGUAGGCUGGAUAUAUGGCGUACAGCGUUUUGGCCGUGACAUAGAGCUGAUGCUUGGAAGACAACCGGGUGUCAUUUUGCGUUUCUGCUGGUGUAUCUCUAACCCUGUCAUCCUGUUGAUGGUAUUUGUUGCGACUGUGACUGGUUACCAGAUGCCCACAUACAACGGGUACACGUACCCUACUGCAGCGCGGGGCAUGGGGUUCCUGCUGUCCAUGCUACCCAUCUUCCCUAUACCUGUAGUUAUGGUAUGGGAGCUCAGUAAGGCAAAAGGGACAUUAUGGCAGAGGUUCUACCAGACACUACGACCUUCAAAGGAUUGGAAACCUGCUCUGAAAGAUUACCAGCCCGAUUACCGGACGGACAAUCACGAGUUUGUGUUGCCGUUGACGUCUCUUAUCCCCUGUAGGGAGACCAAAUAG